AUGAUACACGCACUUUAUUUUAUCUAAUCUAUCUCGGCAAAGUUUUCUUCAUACUCGUCAGUUGUAAAGUAAGAACUAAAGAAAAACAGACGGUCGGUGUAAAUCUUUACUAGUGGCAUAAUUUCCGUUUUGGCAGAGGACAGUUUGAAAUGGGGAGCAAGUUUAAGGAGACAUACCGUUGUUAUUCGGUGUCCAUGAUGGGUGAUCGUGACGAUGUAGAGAGAGGAGGAAAAAUUAUGAUGCCACCAUCUGCUUUGGAUAAAUUAACUCGCCUCCAUAUACAGUACCCAAUGUUGUUCAAGCUCAGUAACAAAGGCAAGGCCAGGGAGACACAUUGUGGGGUGCUGGAGUUUGUUGCAGAUGAAGGCAGGAUCUUCAUACCUUACUGGAUGAUGAAGAACCUGCUACUGACAGAGGGAGACAUGGUGACCGUAGAAAAUGUGUCCCUCAAAGUGGCCACUUUUGCACGGUUCCAGCCCCAGAGUGUGGACUUCCUGGACAUAACCAAUCCAAAAGCUGUUUUAGAGAACAUGCUAAGAAGUUUUGCCUGUUUAUCAACAGAUGACAUAAUCUCCAUCAAGUACAAUGAAAGGGAGUACGAGAUGUUGGUAUUGGAGACACGACCCGACAAGGCAGUAUCCAUAAUUGAGUGCGACAUGAACGUAGACUUUGCACCACCUGUAGGCUACAAGGAGCCAGUACCGAUGAAGAAACAGGAGGAAGAGGAUUUAGAUGCAGAUAAUGCUAUGGACGUAGCUGACUGUAUGGAUAACGCAUUUAGGGCAUUUAGUGGAUCUGGAAACAGACUAGACGGUAAGAAGAAGGGUAUGGAGACAGAUAAUCAGAUCACCCCUACAGGGCCUCCAAAAAGGGGAAUUCCAAACUACAACUACAAAAAAGGAACUCUCACAUUUAUCCGGACACAACGACAGAUACAGACAAAUGGGGAGGAUGAUAAAGAUGGAAAAGGAUUCGAAGCAUUUUCUGGAUCAGGACAAGCCCUACGCAAAAAGGGACGGAAGUGAUGUAUGGACAAUAAACUUUUUUUACCAUCAGAUGUGGAGAUUUAAACCAGAUCUACAGACACCAUUAAAAAUACAGAGACCCUAUUCAUAAUACCGUCAUCAUUUAAUAAACAGACACCCAUCCCUAAAACCAUUAAAAAAAUGGUACAGACAUUCAGAUAGGGUUAAAUAAGUUUUGAACUUGAUGAUAAGAUUGAAAUCGGUUAAAACAGAGUUUUAUGAAUUGCGGUAUUCAGCAUACAAGUAAUUAAUCUGUCAUUAACGACUAAGACAAUAGAAUGAAAAAAAAGGUUUGUGUCGAUUGAAUUUCAUGCUGUUUUUACUGAGCUGUAACACAUUUCAGUUGCUAUCAUUACGGUAUAAUUUUAGUAGAGAUUGAAAAUCUGUUUGUGUGAAAAGUUAUGAAUGUGAUGAAUGAAGUAAAGGUGGCUGUGCUUGGUGUAUAAUGUAAUAACAUCUCUUGAGGAUAUCACAAUAUAUAUUGAUGAUGUAGAUAUAAAAUCAUACUGUGGAUGUGUGUUAGUGAAGUAUGGUAUGAGGUGUGUAUUACCAGUGUAGCAUGGUAUUUUGGAUCAUGGUGAAAUGACCAUGGGGUCAAAAUACCAUUAUGGUGAAAUGACCCCAGGGGUCAAUUUACUAUGGGGGUCAAAAUACCAUACUACACCACACCAACUGUUUCUGUAUCCACUUCCAGUCCACCAAUAUAUCCUGCUGUGAUCAAUGUAGCAUUAGAAAGACUUUCUGAGUACAGGUGUAUUUUGUCAAAACAAAUCAAAUUUUAUUCAGCAAAGUACUCUAUUAUAAGUGUAUAUUUAAAUCUGUUUUCCAUUAGUCUCCAUUUUUGUAUUACAUCACCAAAAUUCAGUGUGAAUAGAUAAUCAAAUUAACGAAAAAUCUCAUCAAUUUAUACAAAACACCAAAAACCUCAUGAUUGUAUAAAACAAUAUUUAUUGGUUAAAUUUUUUAUCUACAGAAUAUAUAACACAAAGAUAUGUUGAUGGUAAUCACAUAAGACCUACUGUUUAUUACAAGUAUGUAAAGGUAUUAAAUAAGGAGAACUUUUUUUUGUGGAAGACAUCUUUGAGAAUAGAAAAGGAAUUAUUACAUUAUGAACACUGAGCUAUAUGGUGAAUAUAUGGGUGAGAAUGUGUAUGUUACCAGUACAAAAGUGCUGACCUCAUCUAUUUAUUAUAUCAACAUAAUGUUGAGUGUAUGUUACCUUUCUAAUAAAACAAUAAGGUAAA